GACGCCGUUCUCCAGGCCCGCCGCCGCCGCCGGCUCGUCGGCGGAGCGGUGGUGCGGCCCCGGCGGCCCCAUGCCGGGGUGGCCGCUCAUGGCGAGGCCCCGGCCGUUGGAGGCCCCGUUGGCCGUCAGAGGCUGCGGCUGCUGCUGCUGCAACAUCUCGGUCGAGCGACGCGCAGUGGCGGCGACGACGACUGGCUGCCGCUGCCCGACUGAGGAGACUUGCCGAGACCGAUCGAGAGCACACCACCGCCGCCGCCUCCUCCUCCUCCUUCCACCAGCAGGUGGCGAAAGGCAGCGCCGCCGCCGGGAGCCAGGAGGGUUGCGGCCGGCCGGAGGUCCCCAAGUGAUGGACGCGAGCAGCAGCGAGACCCGCAACGAUCAUCCCGCUGCAAAUCAACAGGAAGUGAAGCAAAACCGCAACGCCGUCAGAAGAAGCUGGCGCGCCUGUUUCAACACGACUCGAGGAGCUCAUCUCCUCCCAAACGCUGAGGCCGACAACCGGGUUGCGGGGGUGUUUGUAGCUUCUGCUUUUUUUUUUUGGGUGCGUGUGACUGCUUGAACAGCAAACAGGAAGACGCGAGAGAAGAACAGCAAGAGACUCCGGCGGCAGCAACCUGCUGGUCUUGGUGUUGUAGAAGAAGGCCACGCGAAGAUAAAAGUAAUUUUGUCAGUUUUACCCUGGAAAACCCCAUUUACAGACAUCGUGCAACCGCGUUUGUUUCAACCCAGCCAUUAAACAAAGACUCGUCCACGUCAAGAAAAGUGAAGCGUGGUGUGGCGGGGCGAGCCCCACCCGCCUCACCUCCCCGGCCCCGCCCCCUGUUCGGGUGUCGACCGCGGCCAUGGCGUGCGCCGAGGUCAACGCGGCGGACCAAAAAGAGGCCGAGCCGGCCGACCGCCAGCCGGAGGAUGUCGCCUGUCGCUUGUUACGCAUCCAUCUGGAUCAGGUGGACCAACAGGGCGGCCUCCUGACGGCGGAGUUCCCGGAGUCGCUGUACGAGCUGCUGUGCGCCCUGCAGGAGGGUCGGCGCCUCAACGACCAGCGUUGCUCCUUCACCUUGGACGGCGGCGGCGGCCUGAGGAGGAGGUGCCACUCUGAGCCCAACGCCGCUAGCCCCAAGCACAGAGCCGUCUUCUCGUCGCUGACGUCGCUGCAGCGCGAGGAGUUUUUCGAGCUGGUGGCCACGGCGCAGGCUCGCCGCCUGGACGAGCAGCGGGCGCUGCUGUUGCAAAGGCCACCGCCGGCCGCGGCGGGCAAGCGCAAAGGCCCCGGCUUCCGAGGGAGCCUCAGGCAGCUGUCGUUGGUGCGGAGACCCCCAAAGACACCUGCCAAGGAGGAGCUCUACCACAUGAUCCUCACCACGCAGGCACAAGGUCGUCUGGAGGAUCAGCGCAGCCGGGCCCCUGGCCCCAUGGACGACGAGGACUUCUUCUCGCUGCUGCUUCGGGUCCAGGGGGGCCGCAUGGACGAGCAGAGGACUCAACUUCCUCAACUGCUGCAAACAUGACCAGCACCGGGACAAAUUUCAAACAAAAAACAAAGAGCUUGGAUGCGAAUGAACGUUUUGCAAGUUGCACGCGCACAUCGAUAAAUGUCUGCCUAACAUGCCAUUAAAAGGAAAAGAAAAGCACAUCCCAGCCUGGCUUUUAUUUGACCUAAAAAAAAUACUCAAAUGAAGCAAUCAAUAUCCUAUUAAAACGUACAGUUUGUGAUCUUAAAAUACAAGUGAGAUGUAGACAUGUGCCGGUUACCGGUUUCACGGUUUACCGUGGUGUGAAAACGUCGCGGUUUCAAAACCACUACAAUUUUCCGUCAUACCUUAGUACGGUAUUCGCUAUUUUUCAUGUGCCAAAAUGCAGCCGAAGUGGCUUGGUGCGGCACCGCUCACCCCUUCCCAUUUGUUGCCGUGAGUGUCACUAAACAGCCAGCAAACCCAAAAACAAAUUCUCCAAACACAAGGCGUACUUUUCUUCAAUUUAUUGAGCUCUCAAAUCGUGGUGAAAUAUACAAAUAAAUACAUUUAAAACGCUGUACAAUUGUAUUUUUCCACGUGUGAUUAGGUUCAACAGGAUAGCAGUAGCUCCAUUAAAAAGUUCGCCAAAAACAAAACACACAUUUUCCUUUCAAAUUCAAUAUACAAACUAACUAAAACUUACAAAGACAAAUGUUAGCCAAGGCUAAACUGGGAGAGCAGCUUCUUUUAUGUCUCACAGCCGCUGAGUGAGAGAAAAGCUUGAAUGCAGGGGGGAAAGAAAAAGAAUCGCGUCAAAAAUCGCUAAUUGAGAGAGGAGGUCUCACUCCUCACUUUUUUUUUUUUUUUUUUUUUUUAGAUGAAACCUUUCCUCAACAAUAUUUACAUUUUAACUAAUUUAUAAAACUAACUUAUACAUUUUUAACUAACUUAUUAACUUAUGAAUUCUUUGUUUUUAACACAAAGGCAUGGCAUCGUGUAGACGAGAGUUGACACAGUGGCUGAAAAUGGCGAAACUUCACUUGAGCUUCCCCCCUCAAAAAAAGUCAUACAGUAUAUAUUUUUAAUUUUAUUUAGAAGUGUUUUUACUUUUUAUAGCAAUUAUUUUGUUCUUACUCUAAUAUUGAGCAACUUGAGCUGUGGCUGUGGGUAUAGUCUAGGUUCUAUUUAUUUUAAUUUUAUAUAAUAUUUGUUAUUUUUUGUUAAUUUAUUUAUUUUCACAUUAUAUUCAUGUUCCAAUUUGCAAAUAUGUUUUGAAAAAAUCCUGUUCAAUGGAUUUUUUUUUUUUUAAACCCAUACAUCUCAAAAUUUUGGAGCUAUAAUUGCAAUACCGUGAUACCGUGAAACCGCGGUAUUUUUGCUCACGGUUAUCGUACUGUGAAAAUCUCAUACCGGCACAUGCCUAGUGAGAUGUAGUGGUGAUUUUUUGAAAUUCAUAUUUUGAAGACAAGAAUCGUAUUGGACCCAGGGGCGGAUUAUAGGGGGGGUGCCGCAGGUGAGGCCGCCCCUGGGUUUGCGGGCGCAAAGGGGUGAGUUUGGCGAGGGGAGUGUCUAAAACACAGCUAAGAUGAUGUGCGGUGCUAUAAAUAUACAGGUAGUCCCCGAGUUUUAACAAGUUCCGUUCCCACGCUGGCGAUGUAACCCAAAUUAAUCCGCAUAAAUUGGAAUUAACCCUUUAAAAAAAUUAAAAUGACUACCCAAAAAGUCCUAAGCCUAACCCUAAACCCAACCCUAACCUAACCCUUAACCCUUUAAUGGUGGAGGAUACACUCCCUACCAGACUACCUAGACUUCCAGUCUACAUGUGCUUUGUGGAUCUGUAGAAGGCGUUUGACUGUGUGCCUCGGGGAGUGCUCCGGGAGUAUGGGGUACCGAGCCCCUUGGUAAGGGCUGUUCGGUCCCUAUACGACCGGUGUCAGAGUUUGUCCACGUUCCCUGCAGUAAGUCAAAUUCGUUCCCAGUGAGGGUUGGACUCCUCCAAGGCUGCCCUUUGUCACAGAUUCUG